AUGGGUCAGCGCUUUAGCAUCUCGGCGGCAUCCCCGUCCAAACUUCCGGUUCUUGCGUCUCCUACUUCUCCUCCAUCUGCCAAUGCGCCUUCGGAUGCUUCAACGAUGGAUAAUGUCACAUCUGUUCCCUCGGUCGAGCGGUCUGAUGACAAUUCUAUCGUGCAGCAGAGUGAGCGCGAAGGAUCUUUACCGCUGAGUGACGUGGUGCACAGCACUCUCGCUUCCAAUCACGAAUCAUCCUCACACCAUAAGAAUAGUGACGAUGAAGAUGCUAUUAGUUGUGCGUUUGUGUCUUCAGUUGACUCGUUCCCCUCUUCUCCGCCUGACUGGAAGACACACGAUGCUCAGCCGCUUACUAGGCGCAGCUCCAUGUCUCGGACACCCGCACUCCCAAAGCUCUCACGCUUCCGCAGUGGAGAGGAGCUUAUCAGUGAUUGGCUCGACGAGCCUGAAGACGCAGUGCUAUCACCACAAUACCAUUACCCAAAGCGUACUCGCCAUGCAAGCGCAUGCUCUUCUGUGUCGUCUCACGCUGGAAACAAUGUACCAUUCUCAGCCAUGCACAGCAGUGGAGGACGCAAUAGCAACAGCAGUCAACACAGUAUGACAGGUUGGGCUUCUUGGCUCAGCUCACCUGACGACGUGGAAGAAGAGGACGACGGGGAUGAUGAAUCGGUUGUAUUGACGCCAUUCUUACAGGAUAACAUGCCAGUGUACGAGGUCAUGCGUCAGGUGCAGCUUUUUCGAAAUCUAAGUCAAAUGCAACAGGAACAAGUCGUGCGUGCUUUAAAGCCCGCCAAGUUUUCGGACGGUGAGAUCAUUGUAGCGCAGGGUACACGCGGCUCUCGAUUUUACAUGAUUGCCAAGGGAGAAGCCGUUGUAACGAAAACAGUUACGACCAGCAGCCACAGUAUCACAAGCUCAAGCUCGUCGAGUGGAGGACAGACACAAGAACGAAUGAUAACGCAUUUACGAGCCGGUCACUACUUUGGCGAGCUGGCUCUGAUAUAUGAUGAUCCUCGUACGGCUACUGUACGAGCUGUCGGGGACGUAGAGCUAUUGUACUUAACUCAAGAAGAUUUCCAGCACAUUGGCCAAGUACAUUUGAGUCUCAUGUUGCAGCAAGUGCCGCUGUUAGCACGACUGAGUGCGCGUGAUCAAGAUAUAGUGCUAAAGUGCUUACGUCCGGCAAAUUUUAGCGAUGGCGAGUACAUCGUCCACCAAGGAGAGGAAGGCACGCGGUUUUACAUGAUAACACGUGGUGAAGCAAUUGUGUUGGAAAAUGCUUUAGGUCCAGAUAAAAAGCCGUACGAAAAGGAAUUGACAAGACUUUACGAGGGCCACGUAUUUGGCGAAAUGUCGCUCAUUUAUAGCGAACCACGAACAGCUUCUGUCCGCGCUGCUGGUCCUGUUAAGUGCCUUUAUCUGAGUAAAGAGGACUUUGAUAAGUGCCUCUUAUCGGAUCAUUUCCAGCGAUUUAUUCAGGAAGCAUACGUGGAGAAGGCGACGCGACGUGCUAUGCGUCUUCGACUUCAGCAACGUGCGAAUAGCGCUGCGACGGUAGCUUCCGCGUCUCAGGCGAAAUCGGACAGUUCGUCCGGCUCCAUUGCACCACCUCCGGCACCCAUUGCGUCCCCUGUUAAGGCAACGGAGACACGAAAACUGGUGAAGCAGCGAUUGAAAAAUGGUGAGGUUGUGGUCAACAAGUACGUCAUCAAAGGAGAUCUGGGUCGGGGUACGUUUGGUCGUGUCAAAUUGUGUGAGAGUCAGGAAGACGGACAAAUGUAUGCCGUUAAGAUCAUGCACAAGACAUUUGUGCAGCGUAUGGCUGGUAAAGAAGAUCAGCUUUAUGAUGUACUGCGUCGCGAAGUGGCAAUUAUGAAGAAACUUAAUCAUCAUAAUGUUGUGCGACUUGUUGAAGUGAUUGAUGACCCAAAUAGUCAAAAGAUGUAUCUGGUUCAGGAAUAUGUACAGCACAGUCUGAUGGAAGAAGUUACGCAAGCACGUCGGCUAAAUGAGCUAGUGGCACGUAAAUACAUGCGCGAUCUACUCUCUGGGCUUCAGUAUCUGCAUUUUCACAAGGUGAUUCAUCGUGAUAUUAAACCGGAAAAUAUCCUUGUCAGCUCGGAUGGCGUAGCAAAAAUUGCGGAUUUUGGAACAGCACGUAUGAUUAUGAACGAGACCGAAACUAUAUCCGGUGCAAAAGGAACGCCUGCGUUUAUGGCACCAGAAAUGUUUGAUAUUGAUGCGACUUACCAAGGUCCAGCUGUGGACGUUUGGUCGCUGGGAGCAACUCUGUACAUGAUGGUCAUUGGACAUCCACCUUGGAUGGCAGACAACGAGAUUCUGCUGGCAGAACGUGUUCAGCGCGUCGAGUUGCGCUUUCCAAAAGAUGUAGAACGUACGAUGGAGCCACAUUUGAAAAAUCUGCUGCAGCGUAUGCUAACUAAAGACCCAGCGCUGCGUAUAACUCUCAAGGAGUGUUUUACACACGAAUGGAUUACAAAAGAAGGAAGUGAUCCGCUUGGUCUCAUAACACCCGAGAAGAACCUGACUGUGUCAAUGGAUGAAAGUGAACGAGCAAUUGAAAAUAUACCAGAGCGAAUCGACCAACGACUAUCGGAAAGUCUUGCACAAGCCCACCAACUAGUGAAAACUCGACAAGAAAGUGUGGGGCCUGGUGUCGUGCGUACUAACAGUGGACGAUAUGUCUCUGGCACUGCAAUGUCAGGAACGUUGGGUCCACGCAUUCCCUCGACUGUGUCUACUACUUCAUCUGUAGCCACUAUCGGCAGUGUGACGUCAAUAAGUCCGAGUCGAGCAUCAAGUGAUGAGGUCUCACGAAUAAUUUGCGCUUGGCGCCAUCAUAAACGUGUGCAGCUCAUGGAUGGUCAUAAAGAAUUAUCUGAGCGCUCUCGUGAACUGCUGAUUGAGCAGAAACGCAUGGCUUUUUCAGCAGAACGCGCUAAGGUGACGGAAAUCAUCCUUCCGGCUCCAAAACCGACGGCACGUAGUCGCUAUCCAAGUGCUUCGUCGACUGCAUCGCUCCAACAAGUAAAAGAGCAGUCGGUCUUGUCCUCGACAUCAUCUCUCGCUUCCAUGUCAACAAUUGGUGGUACCACUCCAUCGUCUGACUCGCCAAGAUCGAGAUCCUUUCCAAGUGGACGUAGUAACUCUGUCGACAGUACGUUGCUGGUCAAGAACACUGGUUAUCAGAAUCGUAUGUUUAAAGAUUCGGGAAACCUCGAAGGUUUCGGUCGUACGUCAUUCACGUCUGUAUCGCAGUUAUCAGAGCUGGCUGCCGUUCCUCCUGAAGAUCAUUUUACUCAACGCGGUAGCAUGUCAUCCAGUGAGUCGGGAAGCAUCAGCAAUACGAGCAGCAACAUCUCAAAUUUAUCGGAUGCUGAUUUAAUGAAACGGUCGCUUUCGCGAAAAAAAGAUUUUUUGAUGGUCACCUCAGAGGUAUUUCGUGACGAGGGAGGAGACUAUCAAACUCGAAAGAUUCUUUUUCAAGCUCGAGAUGAUGAUUUUUCUGUAGCUUCUCGAGUCCCGACGCACUCCAAUUCAGGACGUGAGUUGCUUCUGCCUGGGCGUGCUGAUUCCACUAGCAGCUCAUCCGCAUCAUCAAACCAAAAGCCAAGGCGGUUGGGAAGUGCUGGCAAGAUUAGUAGUCGAAGCAGGCUGAAUAGUACUGGCAGUGGCAGUGCCAUGGGUAGCGCUAUGGGUAGUGCCAUGAGCAGUGCAAUGGGAAGGACCAACACAAGUCGCCAAUCAUUGAACGGGAGUGCCAGUUCCGUUAGCAGCUCGACACGGUCGGUGGUCACAGACGAUGGUAUUGUCGAAGAAUUUGAUAUGGAUGGAAUUGACUGCGUGCAAGUCACCGAGAUAGAUGAUGAAGAUGACGAUGACCUUUUUAAUCACGGAUUACGUAAAGUCAGUGGAGCGUCCUCGCGGCAUUUCCGUCACCAGAGUAGUCGUGCAAACAGCUCGCACGAUCGCAGCCAUACGUCAGGCUUGGAAAAACACUCUGAUGUUGAUAGUGACUCGGACGAAUCGGAUUACUCGGACGUCGAGUGUGACGUUGAUGUGGACGCUACUUUCAAAGAUUUGAUUACUGCACCAAACCAGCUGGAUCUCAUCAGUCAAGACGAUGAGGAAGUUGCCCCGAUUAUAACUCAAAAGGCAUCACUUAAGUCGGUGACGGACCUGUUAUCAUCGGGCGUCCAAGGAAAAAGUCUCACACUUGGAUCGCUCGCAUCGAUGGCUUCUGCUUCUUCCAAGACUCCGGUUUCAUUGUUGGAUAUUGUUCAAGUCUAUGUGAGCAGCAAAUUGCGCGAGAACCUGACGCUUGCUAUCCGCUCUGGUUACGCUGAAGCCAAAGGAGCGCGCUCAUACAUGGAGGAUCGGAGUUCUGGUCAGACGUCGUGUGAUCUCUCUCGUUAUCCAGCCGCUCUCGCAGAUGCCUACGCGUCUUUGGCUUUUUUUGCCGUUUACGAUGGUCAUAAUGGCACGGAGACAGCUGUGAAGCUUCAAAAUGAGUUGCACCAUCGCUUUUUCGCUGAAGGUGCUGGGUUUGUAGCAUCUCCUGUCUCGUGCAUCUCCUCGGUCUGUGAAGCAAUCGACAAUGAAAUUUUAGAGCAACAGAAUCAAAGUGUCCUUCCAAAACGUAAGCGCACGAUGGCAGCUGAGGAGUUGCGACGACAUUUAAGGAAUAACAACCCAGACACUAGUAUCGCCGAAGGAGAACUUUGCGAUGUGGAUGGCGACAUUCUAUGUGGAGACGAAAUGAAAGCGUUGCUGCAACCGAUCUCGUUCUCUGGUGCGGCAAGUGUUUUUGUCGUCAUUGCCAAGCAACACAAGAUAACAAAAAAACAUGUAAUGGAAACGAUGGAUGAAAUUGCUGAAGCUCAAGAAGCGAAACAAGAAGUGAUGACUGAGAUAUCAUCUGAAGAAGACAACGAUCAGCCUGUCCGACUAUACGUAGCUAACGUGGGAGACUGUCGUGCUGUUCUGUGCACUGGAGACGCCGUCGCAGUCGAUUUAACGACUGAUCACAAAGCGUCUCUCCCAGCUGAACAAGCACGCAUCGAAGCUUCAGGUGGCUUUGUACACAAUGGGCGACUGGAUGGAAUACUUCAGAUUUCUCGUGGCUUUGGUGACCUUGCUCACAAGCAGGAUGGACAUUUGGUCGUCACCCCCGACGUGGUGGAGCAUCUUGUAGAUCCGUCGGACCAAUUUUUGCUGCUUGCAAGCGACGGAAUUUUCGACGUCUUGACCUCACAGCAGGCUGUCAAUUUUGUGCUACGGAAGCUUCAGACUCACGGAGAUGUCCAAUUGGCUGCUCAGGAGCUUGUGCUCAAGGCUCAGACUUACUUUGCGCACGAUAACGUCAGUGUGAUUAUAGUGGCGCUUAACCAAAGGAGUGAAGCGUGA